AUGGCCGACGUGGACAUGGCUGACGCGCCGCCGUCAGUUGCCGUCGUGAAGAAGAAGACCGGCGCUGCCGGCGAGCCUGGCAAGACCCUCGAUGAUAAGAAGCGCUUCGAGGUGAAGAAGUGGAAUGCCGUUGCUCUGUGGGCGUGGGACAUCGUCGUCGACAACUGCGCCAUCUGCAGAAAUCACAUCAUGGAUUUGUGCAUAGAAUGUCAAGCGAACCAGUCAUCGGCGACCAGUGAGGAGUGCACCGUCGCCUGGGGUAUUUGCAACCACGCAUUCCACUUCCAUUGCAUCUCCCGCUGGCUCAAGGCCCGCCAAGUGUGUCCUCUCGACAACCGAGACUGGGAGUUCCAGAAGUACGGCCGUUAA